ACAGGGAAAACGAAACCAGCUCUCUCUCUCUUGCUGGCGUGGCAGUAGCCAUGGCUACUUCUGGGGGUCCCAUGCAGGAUCUCUGCGAGGAAGCCACUUGCCCCAUCUGCCUGGAGUGUUUCAGGGAUCCAGUGAUCAUUCCGGAGUGCGGGCACAACUUCUGCCGAUCCUGCCUGAUCCAGUGCUGGGGGGAAUCCGAGGGAGCGGCGUCCUGCCCUCAGUGCAGAGAAAUCAUUCAGCACAGGAAUCUCAUCCCCAAUCGGCCGCUGGCAAAUGUUUUGGAAAAACUCCAUAUUCAAGGUGAAAAGGAGGCCGAAGGAAAGGGGAUGGUCUGCGAAAAGCACCAGGAGCCCCUGAAGCUCUUCUGCAAGGAGGACGAAAGCCCCAUCUGUUUCCUGUGUAUUGUAUCCAAGGAGCACAAAAGCCACGAGGCAAUUCUUCUGGAGGAGGCGUCCCAGGAGUACAAGGAUCAAAUCAGCAGCUGCCUAGACAAUGUGUGGAAGGAAAGAGAGAAAAUUCUGGAACUUAAAGCAGAUGCAGAAAAGGAAAGCCAAGACCUGCUUAAACAAACAGAUGCAGAGAGGGAAAAGAUGGUGGCUGUGUUCAGGCGACUGCACCAGUUUCUGGAAGAACAAGAGAAACUUCUUUUGGCUCAGAUGGCAGAAGUGGAGAAGGAGAUUGCAGCAAAAAAGGAGGAGCACCUGUCCAGACUCUCUGGGGAACUCUACUCUCUUGAAAGCCUCAUUCUGGAGAUGGAGGAGAAGCUUCAGGAACCAGCCAGUGAACUCCUGCAGGAUAUCAGUAGCUUCUUGCAGAGCUGUCAGAUGAAGGAGAACUUAGAGGAUCCUCCUGUGGCUUUUCCUCCUGCCCUGAAGUGGAAGAUCUGGGACUUCUGCGAUAUAAAUCCCUUCCUGGAGGGAGUCAUGAAGAAAUUCAGAGACACUGUGGGAUCUGGACUUCAGCUGCAAAAAGAAAUAGUAACUUUGGAUCCAGACACAGCACAUCCCUACCUCGUCCUGUCAACAGAUCAAAAGAGUGUGAGAGAGGGAGAAGUGCGUCAAGACCUGCCAAACAACCCUGAGAGAUUUGACACACAUGGCUAUGUGCUGGGAUGCGAGGGUUUCACAGCAGGCAGACAUUUCUGGGAGGUCAUUGUGGGAAGAGAGGAGAGAUGGGGGGUGGGAGUUGCCAGAAAGUCUGUGAAGAGGAAGGGCGAGUUCUGUUUUGAUACUAGGGAAGGGAUCUGGGGUUUGGGGAAGUGGGGCGGUGGGUACAACUUAUCCUCCCCCCAUGAGGACCCUGUUCCAAGAAAGGAGCCCAAGAGGCUCCGAGUGACCCUGAACUUUGAAGGGAGAAAGGUGUCCUUUUACGAUGCAGAUACAGCAGUCCUCCUCCACUCAUUCUCAGACGCCUCCUUCUCGGGAGAGACCCUCCAGCCCUUGUUUUAUGUGUCUGCCAAAGGCCGCCUGAAAAUCUCUUGAGUGUAGAGACAGACAAGUGUUCUCGAGACUUUUCUCAGAGGCACUAAAGGGGAAGCCGUAUUGGCAGAACACUGAUUGGCUGACCCGAGUGUCUGUCAUGGUGUAAUUCUUUUCUCAGGCCGCUUUUGUGAACUGCACCGAUUGCUUGACUCUCCUGUCAGUCCUGAAACCUGCCUUUCGCCUCUCAUGUUCUCCCUUGGGAAUCAGCGCCUUCAAUUGGUGCAGCAGGAACAAAGGUAAACGGAAGCGACCUAGUCAUUAAAAUAAAUAAAAAAUCCCACACCCACUCUUGUUCUGAUUUAGUUCUUCAACCUCCUGAAAGACAGUGACACAGCUUUCUGUAGACAAUACCAUCAACUAUUCUGAAUAAAAUUUGAAUUUUGAAUGGGCAUCACUCAGCCUCAAUCCUGCUCUCUGUUUCCCUUUUCCUUCAGCAAGGCCUCCACUUCCUUCAGCAAGGCCAGAAUCCCUUUCCUUCCUCAUCUGAUCCAGGCUCUGCCCAUAAAUAUUAAAAGCAUUUGCCUCUCUCAAAGUCAUAGCUAGGUGAUUUUGCGCCCCUGGCAGAACUGUCCAGAUUGCACCCCUAAGUG